CAGAACAACAAACAAUUGGUCCAAGCAAAGAAUCGCGGCUCUUCAAAAUAACACUUAUUGAACACCUUAUGGUUACUAGUUCGCAACUGUUAUUUUACACUAGAAAUAUUCACCAAGAGAAACGUCUCUUUGGCUCUUCCAUUUCAUAGAUUCCUUCUUGGUCGACAAUGCUUUAUUCCGAGCGAUAAGGUUGAAUGCCAUUUUGAGGUAAUUCUUCCGAAAACUGUGCAAGCAUUUUGCAACACACCCACAAAAAUGGAUUCACUAGGUUCGGCAGUUUCCAUAAAGAUGAUUCUUGCUGUGUUCAUUUCAAUUUUCCAUUGAAGAAGAUGAAUUCUACCAUACUCAAUAAAGCUGCAAGAAAUUAUAUUUAAAGCUUGAAACUAGUUAAUAAUUAACUUAAUUUACAUACCAUCACCAGAAUCACAACAAAAUCAUCUUGCACAUGACAUAACAUACAAUGUCAUGGUGACGAAAACACAAUGAAGACCCGAUUUCAUUUCCUAAUUACUAAUUCGAUCUAAGCAAGCUUUUUGUUUGUGCAAUACGUUUCCUCACUGAGGUUUAUACUUUGAAGAUUGAAGCAAGUAUAAAUCCCAUCACCAUUCAAUAUGCAGCGAGCGGCAUUCACGUCCAAGAUUCCCACCGGGUCGUUAGUCCCAAAACGCUCUUUGGCCAACCGGGAACCCGGAGUGCAUGGAGAAUCGAAUGGAAAACGCUCCGUCAUCAAGCCAAUUUUAAAGCCAAACCAGAUGCAGCAGUGGAACGAGCGAAUGAUUGAAGAUGAAACGCCUCCACCUCUGGUUCCCAGUGAAGUAAUUCUCGUUGAUGAUGACGAGGAUUUGUUCGACUGGGAGCCAUUGGAUGCAACGGAGAUGGAGAUGGCGGUGUUCCAGAGAAUGAAGAUUGAGAGAGAUCUUCGGAAGGCGCAAGCAGAGAAUAUCAAACUGCGGCAGGAAAAUCAACGACUGAAAGCAACAAAAGGGGUAAGUUUUCUCAAUCGUUGUCGUUUUGAAUCCUUACUAUUAAUGAUAGGCGAGAUAGCGGAAUCAAUUUUAUGUUAUGGUUUUUGGUUAUUGUUGUGAGUUGUU